CAUUGCCCAACGGAAUCUCUCUCUCUCUCAGUCCUCCAUUGCCAAACCUUCAACUAAAACUCGGAGCAGUGCACCAAAAACCCAUCAGACCAACCAAGCUUCCAAAUUCUCUACUCCCAACUCUCUCAUUUUAUCUGAUUGAUAUUUGAUUGAAUCAAUGAGCUCCCUGGAUUGAAUUCAUUCGGGUCCCAUUUUUGGAGCUUACUUUGUGCCCAGCGACUCGCUUGGUUUAACAGAAUAUUUUGUUGCUCAAGAACUUUUGGACAUUGUUGGAUGUGAAUGGAUUUCUUAGAGGAGGCUGAGGGAUAAAAGCUACAGUGGCCAACAGUGAGGAACAUACAUAAUAUAUAUUUAUAUAUAAACAAAUAUGGCUCCAACUAACAAGGCUGAUAAGAAAGCAACACUAGAUGCAGCCGCAUGGACGUUCAAUAUUGUCACCUCUGUUGGAAUAAUAAUUGUCAACAAAGCUCUAAUGGCUUCUUACGGCUUCAGUUUUGCUACAACAUUAACCGGUAUGCAUUUUGCUACUACAACUCUGAUGACACUUGUUCUAAGAUGGUUAGGAUACAUCCAACCAUCUCAUUUACCCCUCCCAGAGCUUCUGAAAUUUGUUCUCUUUGCAAACUUCUCUAUUGUUGGAAUGAAUGUUAGUCUAAUGUGGAAUUCUGUGGGAUUCUAUCAGAUUGCAAAGCUCAGUAUGAUCCCUGUCUCCUGUUUAUUGGAAGUUAUUCUUGACAAGAUCCGUUAUUCAAGAGACACAAAGCUAAGCAUAUUAAUUGUUCUAUUGGGUGUUGGUGUUUGUACUGUCACUGAUGUGAGUGUCAAUACCAAAGGAUUUGUUGCUGCCUUCAUUGCCGUUUGGAGUACUUCUCUACAACAGUAUUACGUGCAUUACCUUCAACGGAAGUAUUCACUUGGUUCUUUUAACCUCUUGGGACAUACUGCGCCAGCCCAGGCUGCAUCACUUUUGGUACUAGGUCCCUUCCUUGACUAUUGGUUGACAAGCAAAAGAGUCGAUGCCUACAACUAUAACUUUGCCUCUCUGAUGUUUAUAUUUAUGUCUUGCACAAUAGCAGUAGGAACCAACCUCAGCCAGUUCAUCUGCAUUGGCAGAUUUACAGCAGUGUCUUUCCAAGUACUUGGCCAUAUGAAGACAAUCCUAGUUUUGAUCAUGGGAUUCUUCUUCUUCGGAAAAGAGGGUCUAAAUCUACAAGUUGUUCUCGGCAUGGUUAUUGCUGUAUGUGGAAUGAUGUGGUAUGGCAAUGCCUCAUCCAAGCCCGGUGGGAAAGAACGAAGGAGUCUUUCUCUUCCCAUAAGCAAACAACAAAAACACAGUAUGGAUUCUACUGAACUCGACGGGAAAGUCUAAAGUGUUUUCGUCUAGAAUAAACAUAGAAAAUGUUGAUUCCAGGAAACUUGUAAGUGAUCCAAGGUUAGAAAAAAAAACCCAUUACUUUCAUUUGUUUCAUCCUUGUUUUGUAGUUUCCAUAUUUGUCAAGGGUAUUCAAUCCCUUCUUGGGGAAUGAAUACAUCACAGGAUAGGGGAAUUUUUCAUUAAAUUUUUAACAUAUUUUUUGGUCACAUGAUCAUAAUUAUAUAGUAAUUAUUUUUCAUCCUUUUUGACUGAACCCUAUUCUGUAUAAUUUGUGAUUCAACUCUGGGCUGGAUUCUCAGUAUUAUUAUUCUCAAUACAAUUGUAUGCAAGUUCAUAGAA